AUGUCUCAGACAGAAUUAACAGAAAAACAGUCAAAGCACAACAGCAAUGGUUUCAUAUCGUCGUUCCUUUCCGCCGCCCACAAUGUCGCUAAUAUGGUGAUGAGCGACGAGGAGGAUGACACACGCCAAAAUCUGUCCCCAAGUUCAAAGCAGUCUAAGCAUUUAAAGCCCUCGCCCCGUUCACCGACGCUUCUGAAUCCAGUUUCACGUACGUCCACGGGAAGCCACAAUGACCAUAGUAAUGUUUCAUUGGGCAAUUCUCACGAGCAUGAGGGUGGCAGUCUUGCUGCAAAGUUCCCGGCCUUGCCACGUUUGUCGACCUCCAACGUGCAUUUCGAACCAGUCCACGAUUCUCCUUUGAACACUAUGGGAAACGGUGAUUUACAGCUUCUGCACUUUGACAGUAAAACUGCGGUCGGUAGCAAGGAUGUACCGCUGUUGGCAAUUGACGACACUGAGAAGAACAGCCAGAGUAUUCUCUCCGUGCUGGGAACCGAGGACUCAAAAAUCGUGAAGCGUAAGAGAAGAAACUCCGAACUCGACUCAAACGAGAGCACCAACGACGACCUGUCUCUCCAGUCUGACUCGUCCAAUCAGGAAUUGGACAAGAUGCUCGAGUCGUCAGACGUCUCCUUUGCAAGUUCCAAAAAGAACAAGGAAUUCCAUCACAAUUUCAAAAAGAUCCCACAAUCCGAGCGCCUUAUCGCCGACUAUUCAUGUGCCUUGUCUAAAGACAUACUCGUUCAGGGUAAAAUGUACCUCACCCAAAACUAUAUCUGCUUCAAUUCUAAUAUCUUGGGUUGGGUAACGCAUCUUGUGAUUCCUCUUCAGGAAGUCAUUCAGAUAGAGAAGAAGUCCACUGCUGUGCUCUUUCCGAACGGUAUGAUUAUCCGAACACUCCACCAGAAGUACGUUUUCGCAACAUUCAUUUCUAGAGACACAACAUUUGUUCAAAUCACAAGGGUAUGGCAUGAUGUUUUGCUGGGCAAGACCGAUCACAAGCCAAACGGCCGUGCUCGCAGUGCCUCUCGUGUCAGUAACAGAACACUGUAUGGAUCCGACCCGGACGAGAGUGCUAAUGAAGAGAGUGAUGCGGAAAGUGGCAGUGAAAACGAAGAGGAUGAGUCCCUAACUUCCAACGAGGAUAGUGAAGGACCACGAGAUCGGUCGUCGUCGAAAGCUAAGACUGACGAUGAAAAGGAAGAAGAUGAAGAAGAAGAGGACGAAGAUAAAAAGGGGUUAGAGGACGGCGACGAUGAGGGUUUCUCCAAAGGAGAAUCUGGGGGUGACUUCCACGGUUUGAAGAAUCCAGGUCCUGCCGAGCAUGAACCUACAAAGGCCGAUCGAGAAGACGAGAGCAAUGAUGUGUUUGUGCUUGACCACACCUUCAAAGCGCCACCGGGAGUGGUCUUCAGCAUACUUUUUGGUCCCGAUACGCAACAUUAUGUGAAGAUUUUGGAAGACCAGAAGAAUUACGAUAUUGAGAAGGAGAAGAUUGUUCCGUUGUCCGAGAAAAGGAAGGAGAGAAAGUACCAAUACCUGAAGCCAUUGAGUGGUCCCAUCGGUCCCAAAAACACGAAAUGCAACAUCAUUGAAAGAUUGGUGCAUUGUGAUUUUGAGAAGUACAUACAUGUGGAGCAGAUCACCCAAACACCAGACGUGCCGCUGGGCAAUGUGUUCAAAAUUGUGACGACGAUUCUUUUGUCAUGGGCUGAAUCCAACGCUACGGAUAUGCAUGUUGUGACGUCGAUCGAAUGGUCUGGAAAAUCAUGGAUUAAGGGUGCAAUUGAGAAGGGAAGUAUCGAUGGUCAGAAAGACUCGAUGAAGAGCUUAUCUGAAGGCGUUGCUGAUAUUCUUGACCAAGGCGAUGGCGGAACAAAGAAGAAGCGGAAGAGAUCCAAGUCAAAGAAGCAGUCUGCACCAGAAGAAACCCCACAAGAGCCCGCCAAAGAAGCUUCGCUCAUUGAGCAGGUAACGCAUCUUUGCGAAACAAUCGGAAAGUCCGUACCAGUUGCUAUCCCUAAUGUCAGCGAAACCUUGCUUGGCGCUAUUAUCCUCAUUCUAGGUUCGUUGGUCUACACCUGGAUUUUAAUGUUUUUGUUUGGAGGUUCGGGUAACAAAACCCCUGUGAUCAACGAUGCAGACGAAUCAGCCAGGCUUCUCAAAUUCGGUAACAACAACUUCUACGUGAUACCCGGCCAGGAUAGAUACAUCAACGAUAAGCAGAAGCGGAUGGUGAAGGAGGCACGGGUGUGGAGCUGGAUCAAUCUGCGGAGUCUGGGCAAGAUACCAAAUUUUAGCAAGUCGCUGGAUCGGACUCAUUUUGCAGACGAGUAUGCCUCGCAGGAGUUUGAGGAGAUAGUGAAGCUAACCAAACAAAGGGUGGACGAGCUCUACCGUCGGAUGAAUGAUUAA